AUGGCACCCAAGAAGAAGAAGGCCGACCCUUCGGCCCAGCCAUCUACCUCGAAGGCUCCGCCGUCUGCGACCUCAGAUGCUGUGGGGGAUGCGGGGAUAAGUGAGGACGUGAGCGCUGCUGGGGGCGUGGCAGGAGCAGGUAGCGCCAUCACCACUUCCCCUGCGGCCGACACGGGGGCUGAAGGCAUCGGAGGAGAACAACUUCAGCAGCGUGUCGAUGGUCAAGCUCCGCAAGGUAUGGACGGGAGGCUGACUCCGCUUACAUCCCCUCCUCCCACCGACGGGCGCAGCCACAGCAACGGCGCUCGGUCCAGGAUGAGCCACCGUCCUCCGGCCGUCCCUGCCAAGGGGGCGGGCACGACACGUGUGUCUCCUCCCAAGCGAGCCGACCCAACCACUGCACCCGGCGGAGCCGCGGACCCUCGAGCGCCAUCACCGCGCAACCCCGCUGCCCAGGUGGCCGCUCCACCACAGCACGGGCGCACCACCGCCACCGCCGCAGGCACCUUCAGGAGCCUGGCGGCGGUGCGGUCGAGGUCAUCAACUUCCAUGCCAAGCACAACCACGGAGGCUAUGGCAUGGGCCCUUCUGCUACUAAGGUUCCCUCCAGUAGCCGAGCAAACAGAUGAAUGGCGUGCCACCACCCAGAGUCUGCUCGGUUUCGCUGAGGCUGGGGGCUCGGGGCGCACUGGCCCGCCACGACCUCCCCAAGUGACGAUGAUUGCCCGAACUGCUGGCCAAACUGAGGGGGUUGUCCCCACCAUGCAGUCCCCACCACGGCAGCAGGUGCGGGCACAGCAAGAUCAAGACCCCGACGACGUCUCGAUGGCCUCUUCCGACCCUCGAGCACGUCCGGGCCAACGGCAAACCCUAGAGGAUAGUCGGCGGGGAGACGCGCGCAUCGUCGUAGGACGAUCCCCGCCAGACCGACGGGUGUAG